AUGGAGAUGCCCGAACAAGACCUUCUCUCCAUGGACAUCGCUCUGCUCACGCACAUCAAGACUCACGUUCACAGAUCAUUCACGUUUUCGACAACCGCGACUAACUGCCUCAGGCAACAGAUCAGGCAUCAGCUGAGCACGCCUUCCCNNUCAACAAUCUCUUCCACUCACACGGAAGCCAGCUAUCCGAUGACUGACAGCAACGAGCUGUGCGCCUGUGGCGACCAGGAGAUGGCCGAGCAGCAGGAAGUUGGCGACUACAAACAGCAAGGCAUGUCACAGGAAGAGCAAGAGGCCCAUGACCUCGAAACCAAGGUAUAUUGCAUCACCAGCUGGAAACAAGUCUGCCACACCGGAGAUGUAGCAAAAGUACGCCGCAACCGAGCAGGCAAGCAGCAGCAACAGAAGAAAGAAAAGAACAACGCGGCCUACAAUCGCGACAAGGAGCGCCUUCUCCAGCAGAAGAGCUUCGAGCUCAAUGACCUGUAUAGGCGCGUCAGCAAGAUCAAGGAAGAAUUCGCGCACGAGAUACAGCGUGUCACGCGAAAGAAAAGACCAGNNGAGCUAGGGAGGAAGAAUCUCGAGCUCCAGAGACAGUACAUGAAAGUUUCUGAGCUGAACACGGCUCAAAAGCAAUUGAAGCGGGAGCAUCAAGCUGAGCUGGAAAGCCGUGACCAGAUGCAGGCGACUCUGCUGAGAGACCUUCACGAAUUGUGUCAAGUCAACGAGGAAGAGAUUGAGGUGUUAAGAAGAACCAUCGAUCGUCAGGCACUCGCACCCACUUACUCGAGCAUGGACUCUCGCAUCAACGCUCCCAAGAUUACAGACGGCGGUCCCGCAGACCCUCAAACCAUCAUCUCCUCCGCCAUCACAUCCCUCCGCAAAGCAAUCGCCGAACCCGAACCUGCUCGCCACGCUGACCCCCUAGUCCACAUCGCCGACACAUUACGCGCCUCUCUCCUUACCAUCAAGCGCAGCCACUCCACCAACCUCUGGCCACGCUCAACCACCGCCUUGGCUCUACACGCCAUACACGAAUGUGUCGACCGCGUCACCAUAUACCUCUCCCUCCACCCCGAGCUCUACGCCCACUUACCACUCCCCUCAGGCUUCCUUUCUCGUCUGCCCGAAUUCGGCAAAAGGNCACAUACAUCUCUACGCCGCGCGUUUACUGCUGCAGAUACAUUGGCUUUGGGGUUGUGUUCGUUGCACUUUGCUUCUGGUGGCCGCAGAGCACAACUUAUUGCUGCUCCUACUGCUUUUGUGCCUUCGCUUACUGCGAUUUUGGAUUCCAAUGACGAUUUCUUGGACUUGCAGUUUUGGAAGAAGAGGUUUGAGGUUACGAGGGCAGAGGCUCAGGAGUGGAGACAAGAGGUGGGUGUGGUGAUGUUUUAUCAUACCAUCGGUUGGUUGGAGCAGGAGAUUAUGGCGUCGAUGUGA